AUGAUCCUUCAUAACACGGACAAUGUGAGGAUGAUCCUACAUAACACAGACAAUGUGAGGAUGAUCCUACAUAACACUGACAAUGUGAGAAUGAUCCUACAUAACACGGACAAUGUGAGGAUGAUCCUACAUAACACAGACAAUGUGAAGAUGAUCAUACAUAACACGGACAAUGUGAGGAUGAUCCUACAUAACACGGACAAUGUGAGGAUGAUCCUACAUAACACAGACAAUGUGAGGAUGAUCCUACAUAACACAGACAAUGUGAGGAUGAUCAUACAUAACACGGACAAUGUGACGAUGAUCCUACAUAACACAUACAGUAAUAACAACUUUACAUACCAACCCACUCUCAUCACCAACACUGCUGAUGUUCCUACAUACCAACCCACUCUCAUCACCAACACUGCUGAUGUUCCUACAUACCAACCCACUCUCAUCACCAACACUGCUGAUGUUCCUACAUACCAACCCACUCUCAUCACCAACACUGCUGAUGUUCCUACAUACCAACCCACUCUCAUCACCAACACUGCUGAUGUUCCUACAUACCAACCCACUCUCAUCACCAACACUGCUGAUGUUCCUACAUACCAACCCACUCUCAUCACCAACACUGCUGAUGUUCCUACAUACCAACCCACUCUCAUCACCAACACUGCUGAUGUUCCUACAUACCAACCCACUCUCAUCACCAACACUGCUGAUGUUCCUACAUACCAACCCACUCUCAUCACCAACACUGCUGAUGUUCCUACAUACCAACCCACUCUCAUCACCAACACUGCUGAUGUUCCUACAUACCAACCCACUCUCAUCACCAACACUGCUGAUGUUCCUACAUACCAACCCACUCUCAUCACCAACACUGCUGAUGUUCCUACAUACCAACCCACUCUCAUCACCAACACUGCUGAUGUUCCUACAUACCAACCCACUCUCAUCACCAACACUGCUGAUGUUCCUACAUACCAACCCACUCUCAUCACCAACACUGCUGAUGUUCCUACAUACCAACCCACUCUCAUCACCAACACUGCUGAUGUUCCUACAUACCAACCCACUCUCAUCACCAACACUGCUGAUGUUCCUACAUACCAACCCACUCUCAUCACCAACACUGCUGAUGUUCCUACAUACCAACCCACUCUCAUCACCAACACUGCUGAUGUUCCUACAUACCAACCCACUCUCAUCACCAACACUGCUGAUGUUCCUACAUACCAACCCACUCUCAUCACCAACACUGCUGAUGUUCCUACAUACCAACCCACUCUCAUCACCAACACUGCUGAUGUUCCUACAUACCAACCCACUCUCAUCACCAACACUGCUGAUGUUCCUACAUACCAACCCACUCUCAUCACCAACACUGCUGAUGUUCCUACAUACCAACCCACUCUCAUCACCAACACUGCUGAUGUUCCUACAUACCAACCCACUCUCAUCACCAACACUGCUGAUGUUCCUACAUACCAACCCACUCUCAUCACCAACACUGCUGAUGUUCCUACAUACCAACCCACUCUCAUCACCAACACUGCUGAUGUUCCUACAUACCAACCCACUCUCAUCACCAACACUGCUGAUGUUCCUACAUACCAACCCACUCUCAUCACCAACACUGCUGAUGUUCCUACAUACCAACCCACUCUCAUCACCAACACUGCUGAUGUUCCUACAUACCAACCCACUCUCAUCACCAACACUGCUGAUGUUCCUACAUACCAACCCACUCUCAUCACCAACACUGCUGAUGUUCCUACAUACCAACCCACUCUCAUCACCAACACUGCUGAUGUUCCUACAUACCAACCCACUCUCAUCACCAACACUGCUGAUGUUCCUACAUACCAACCCACUCUCAUCACCAACACUGCUGAUGUUCCUACAUACCAACCCACUCUCAUCACCAACACUGCUGAUGUUCCUACAUACCAACCCACUCUCAUCACCAACACUGCUGAUGUUCCUACAUACCAACCCACUCUCAUCACCAACACUGCUGAUGUUCCUACAUACCAACCCACUCUCAUCACCAACACUGCUGAUGUUCCUACAUACCAACCCACUCUCAUCACCAACACUGCUGAUGUUCCUACAUACCAACCCACUCUCAUCACCAACACUGCUGAUGUUCCUACAUACCAACCCACUCUCAUCACCAACACUGCUGAUGUUCCUACAUACCAACCCACUCUCAUCACCAACACUGCUGAUGUUCCUACACACAAACCCACUCUUAUUACCAACACUGCUGAUGUUCCUACACCUUGAGACGUCCCGUUGUUA